GGACACCGUCGUCAGCUGACCCGGGCCGGAAGUGCGGGGCUCUUCCGGUCGGCGGCGGCGGCGGCGAUGAUGGCCCCGGACCCCUGGCUCUCGCUGUACGAUGCCACUUGCCAGAUCGCCCAGGACAUCGCUGAGAAAAUCCAGGAGCGUAACCGAUACCAAAGGAACGGGGAGAGUUCAGCCAAGCUCAAUGUGAUUAUCAGAUCGUCGUUGCAGAAUCUCAGAGAGAAGAUCGAUCAGCUGAAGGACUUACUGCUUCGGGCUGUGUCAACACGCCAGAUCACACAGCUGGAGGGAGACAGGAGGCAGAAUUUGGUGGAUGACCUUCUCACGCGACAGAAGCAACUUCAGGCAUCUUAUAAGAAUGAAGGCACAGAACCAGAUGUGAUAAGAUCUAGCCUAAUGACGGGAGGGGUCAAACGAGGUGUCACCAACCCGUGGCUCUUGGAAGAAUCUGAGGAAACCAGAGGGCUUGGCUUUGACGAUCUCAGGCAGCAGCAGCGAAGGAUCAUAGAAGAGCAAGAUGCUGGACUCGAUGCUCUUUCUUCAAUCAUAUCCCGGCAAAAGCAAAUGGGGCAGGAAAUCGGGAAUGAGCUGGAUGAACAGAAUGAGAUCAUCGACGACCUCACUAACCUGGUUGAAAACACAGACGACAAGCUUCGCAACCAGACGCGGCAUGUGAAGAUGGUGGAUAAGAAAUCAACGUCCUGUGGAAUGCUGGUGGUGAUUGUGUUGCUGCUGAUUGCGAUUGCCGUGGUCGCCGUCUGGCCGACGCAGUAGCGCGGGUGUGGGGCCCGUCGGAGCUGCUGCUCGGCAGCUGGGCGCAGAGGGCGCCGCAGGAGAGACCGACUUGGCGCAAAGACCUUCUGUGUUUUAAAUAAACUCAACAGUACGAGAAUGAGGCUGUGUCCGACAGACGUCCGUUCUUCCUUCGGCGCACAGCCGAAGAGCGCUGCGUGGUUUGGAGGGUUUGAACUUGAAAAGGACUCACUUGCCACCUUCACCUGGCCUUCGGGAGGCUGCAGCUGGCUGCACUGCUCAGUGCAGCCGUGUCUGGGCGCGCGCUGGCGUCUUCUGUCGCGGUCAGUCGUCCCGAGAGCAUUAAAAUACUAAAAUAAAGGUGUGGUUUGGGAGUACGGCGGCGGCGCUCCUCUGCUUUCUGCUACCUUCCUUUGGAUUUAAAAUUCUUUCUUGUUUCAAGGAAUAAAUGUUUUUGGGGAAUGACUGCCCCUGGACUCCGGCGGGACGGGAAGCGGGAGCACGCGGAGCCCUGCCGGGGGGCGCAGGACCCCCACGAGCAGCGCAGAAACGCUGGCGAGUGAGUCAGUCCUUGGCCCCUGGGGGAGGGUUAUCGGUGUCGGUCUCCACGGAUAGAAACGUGAACAGCAGCGGGUCUUGAACCAGGGGCGUAAGAGUGGAAAGCCCUGCCCAGCGUGUGCUCCCGAGGAAGGCGCGCGCGCCCCGUGCCCCGCCGUGCCCUGCCACAGGAGAUGCGCUGCCAUUAACGUGCUAAUCUCGGCGGCCGAGGCCUGCCUCUUUCUUUUAUAACUUUUCACACGCUGUUAAAACUGAGGGGAAGGAGUACGUAUGUAAAAACUAAUGAAAAAGAAGUAUUGAAUGUUUGCUUCUGGCCAAGAAAAUCAUUAUUUUGUUAUACGUGCCAGUUUGAUUUCAGAAUUGAUAGAGCAAGCAAUAAAUUGAAUAAAAGCCGAUCCAUUUAUAUACAA